UUGUCAGAGAUUUGUGAAUCAGUUGUCCAGGUUUUUUAAUGUCACGUAAAAACCAAAGGCCCACAUCACAUACAUAGCUUCAGAAGCAGUUGCUUCAUGAAGAAGUCAGCAUUCAACGUUGCAGGAACCCUUGUUAUGGUGGCGAAAUUCACGUUCCAAAGCGUAUUUAGUAACUCUCGCCGAAAUAUAAGACGCGAGGUCGCGAGGAGUCACUCGAGCCGUAUUCUAUCCUUUGAUCUGAUUGGCCAACAUCGAAACGAAAGUUUUCACGUCACGGAAAUCGUUUCGCCGCGCGGGUUCGCAGAUGCUAUUUUUCGGAGGGAGAGAAGCGACGACCGGAAAUCCGUCUGCUGUUCGCAGGCUAUCGAUUCAGUCAAUUGCUGAAGUUCUUCAGGAAGAUAAUUUUGUUAUCUUAUCCCGGAGAUAGUGGUUGAUCGGAAGGACUUUUCGGAUGAAAGUUCACUUUUAGGAAAUAUUAUGUGUUAUGUUUUCUCUCUCCACCAACACUACAUUGAAACUCCUUACAAAAUGAACCAAACUUUCAAAUGAAUAUCUAAAAAAAAAAUAAUAAUGACCUGAUAGUGGACACUGUCAGGUCAGAUGAUGUAAAAGUACUCAAAUCGAGCUGAAACGUCGUAUAAAAAAAGAAAACGAUACCUGGUAACAAUAUUGACACUUUAAUGAUAAAUGUUACCGCUUUUAGUUAAUUUAUUUCAUUUCUAAGUUUCAUUUCCAAUACAAACUCUUUAUUUCCCAUGCAAACUCUCAUAUUACGCUUGGGUCACCUAAGCACAAUCAACAUUUUAUGCUACUACCACAUUUCUUUGCUUUCUUCUUCUUUCUCCUCCACUAUCAGCUCUAUAAUUAUAUUAAUUUUCAUUUCUGGCCCCUUCUCCAGCAACACUACAGUUAAUUUCUAUGGGAAACAAGUUUGGCGAGAUCCCAUCGCAAAACAGGUUUAAUUUAUAGCUACUAUACCGCUAUCUGUCAAGUACUUUAACACAAGGCCCACAUUUUGAGAUAUGUCCAGGUUUGCACGCAAUUGCAAAAAUUGUGAAAAAUUGGAGAAAUCGCAGUUUUUGCUAAAAUUACUAAAUUCAAGUGUUCAAGGAGGUAAAAGGGUACCCUGCAAAAAUUGCGAUUUCUCCAAAAAUUAAGAAAAAUUGGAAAAAUCGCAGUUUUUGCUAAAAAUACUAAAUGUAAGUGUUUAAGGGGGUAAAUCGUCGGACGCGAUUUUUUGCAAUUUUCGCAAAUUUUGUUAAAUUGACCACUGGCUCUGGACUUGUGUAAUUAUUAACACGACAAAGAACCCUGAAAAAUCGCAACUACCGGGAAAAAUCGUUAGGCUUGCGAUUUUUCGCAAUUUCCGCAAAUUUUGUUCAAUCGACAACUGGCUCUGGACUGAAGUAAUUAAUUAACAUGACAAAGAGAGUUGCGAAAAAUCGCAACUAACGCAAAAAAAAUUGGAAUUUUUGCUACUGCGCAAAGCUGGACACAAGUGUACAUUUUGGUCUUUGCUAGAAAAUUCGUUUUUUGCUAAAACUGUGCAUUAUUCUUAUUUUUUUUGUCGUUUUUUGAAAGGAGGAAUUUAACUAGUCAACCUUUAAGAAAUGGUAAACGUGCAGCGUGCAACCAUGGAGUUAUGGAUGCACGCGGGAGGUUGCUAAGCACGAAAGAAGCGUAAGAGUCGCACGAGGCGAUAGCUGAGUGCGACUCUAGCUUCUUGAGUGCUUAGCAAACCUCCCAAGUGCAUCCAUAACUCCAUGGUUGCACAGCUGCAACGUUUACCAUUUCUUUUAUAACAUAAUCAAAAGAGAAAAACAUUAUUUUCCAUUUGCCUUCGGUUGAGUCAUUGGUCCGAGUUCAUGUAUGCUGCCAUCUUCCCGCGCGUAAGCAAAUCAUGUUCUAUGUUUUUCAAAAACUUGCCUUUGAGUAUCUCUUUCGCUGAAUCAACCUUUCUCCAUCUUCAGGUAAAUUUCAGAACGUUUUUUUUUGUUAUUCUGAAUGGCAUCUGUCUACUUGCUCUUAAUAUUAGAGUAAAAACUUUGAUGGAAAACUAUAGCUGCAACUAUAAACACCUACUAUAAAGACUCUGAAAAAUAAGCUAAAAGUAAAUAAAUGAAAUAAUUAUCAAGCUUAUUUAUGUGACAAUUUCUGAAAUAAACGUAAAGUAGAAAUGAGAAAAUUUGACUGUAAUUCCUUUAGAAUAACAGGUAACACUAAUUUUAAAAAGAAAUUAACUAGCUUUGUAUCGAAAUCUGUCUGGGGAAAUCCAGCUAUGAAAGUCAAAGAUGCAACUGAAAUUCGUCGACACACAGCCGGCGCUGACGCUGUUGUUUUUCGACUCUUCCCUUAACGACUGUUAUGAAUGAACACUGAGGAACAAAAUAAUACACACAGAAGUUAUUUUUUGAAAAAUUUAUUUGAAAACCCAAAUGUUUCUGUACUCAAAUGAAACUCGCUUAUUCCAGCGUAAUAUGCCCGUUUAAACUCAACUAAAAUUUUUAAUCGAUGCGAUGAAAACUUCACAACAAAGCUGUCUCGAAUUUGAGCGUGUUUCCUAAAAUAUUUGCUUGAAUUUAGCAUCAGCUUGACCAAAAAGUCAAUAACACAAUGCUAUUUGAUAAAUUUACAUUUCAAACAGCCUUUCUCUUCUAUAAAAAAACACACAAAAUGUACCUUAAAUCUUCGCUCGCUCGAUUUUCCUUCAGCCGAUUCUAGCCUCGAGGAAAACAGUCACUGUGAUUAAUUCAUCCAGGGCAAAUUUGUCGCUUGAUCUUUUGUCUUUUUUCCUUCAAAACGACAGCUUAGUAUUUUCUUCAACUUCCACUCUUCAUCUGUGCAUUUCAUCGGUGUAUUUUAACGUCAGGAGAAGAGACUUGUUGAAUUUGCCUAAAUUUAACCGCGCUAGCUCAGUUUCUUGGCGUGCACCCACGGGCAAAUGGUAGUGGCUAACUGACCAAUCAGAGCGCGCGAUUUACUUUUGUUAUGUUAUAAUGCAUUUUGGUGUUUAUUCCUCUUUAAAGGUGAAUAGAGCAUUCCUAGGUGACAAGACGUUUGAAAGCUCGGAUGUAAUAGAAUUUAGGUACGGGAUGAGUUGAGACUUCAUGUUAGCCUGCGAGCAAGCUUUCUGCGGCGAUCUGGCGGUGGGGCGGAAAAAGGAAGGAGAGCUUGCAACUACGUCUCUGGAAUUUGACCAUCUCCAAAACCCCUGUGGCUCCGCGUCGACUGAGCCGUCAGAUUUCCGCCAAUCAGCGCGAAGCAAAAACGAGCGCGAAUGUAAACAAACAUGGAGAAACACGAGCCAAGGGUAAUGACGUCAUUACUAAUAUCAUAUCCGCCAAUCAGCAUUUCGAAUCGAUUCUUUUCGAUGCAGAUAUUCAAAUUCCAGAGACAAAGUUGCAAGCUCUUUUUUCUUUUCCCGCCCCGCAGAGCUUGCUCAUGUAGCCGUUGAAGCCUUACGUACAUGAUGAAACCAAGGAUUUCCUCUUCCUGUGUACGUACAACAAAGUCGUUUGUUGUUGUUUUUGUUGUUGUUUUGCAGCCGCGGAGGUCUACAAGUUUUAGUAGAAUUGACUUUCAAAGAAGCUGUCAGCACAGAAUAUGCCAUCGCAGCAUUGAAAAAAGCGGCAGAAAGUAAAACUCUUGCAACCUUUCAAAUAAAAAGUUCGUCUAUAAUAACAACAAGGGAGAAUAACUUUAUAGAAACCACAGAAACUACCGCUGGAACGAGUUCAAUGUCAACAGGUAUAUAAACAUUUUAUCUUAAGUACCAGCAUUGUAGAACAGUGUAACAAUGAAAUUGUUCUUUAAAUUACUUUUUCUUAUCAAUUUUAAGCUAAAAUUUAAAAGUAGCUUAAGCCAAAUUAGUUUUCACAAUACCAAAUAUUGGGCUCGAGAUAAGUGAAGCAGGCGUCUCACUCAGAAAAAGGAGACAGAAUCAGAAUACAAAUUAGUAGUUUCUCUUUAUUACAUGCCUUCUUAAGAACAGCACCCUUUCAGAAUUCACGACAGCCUUGUUUAUUAAAAUGGCGAUCACAUUCACGAUUUAAGAGUAAAGAAACCAUGUAAAUUCUUGCAGUUGAGGUCUGCAGUGGCUGCGAAUGUAACAGCACCAUAUUAAAAGCCUCGAUCGGUGUUCUUGCUGUGGUUAUCAGCGUCCUCAUUUUGCACAUCAUUUGGCUGCACAUCAAAGGUAAGCAACAUUUGUAGUUACGUUUCCUCAAUUGUCCCUCAGAAGCAUAACCAAGGUUUUUCCAGAGCUAAGUAGAGUUUAUUAAAUCGUUUCCAUGUAGUUUCAGUAUAACGUUCAGGCGAUCAUCUUUCCUAUUGUAUGACGCGUUCUGCACGCACCAAUUACGAUUUUCGUGAAAUUUCGUGUGGCUAAGUCGGGGGAAAACACUAACGUUUGUUCAGAAGAACUAUUUGACAGCGGUUAAAGCAGAGUAAAAGAUCAAGAGCCGUUUCCUUUAUCUUAAUCAAUUUCAUACAUCUUUUUUGUUGAAUACUUCUUUGUGGUGUCAUUUUCUUUCCCCUUUCUAAUUGAUCUUGGAAUUUUUGAACUUGUCCAGGAACGUACGUGAGUAUUGGCGUACAGGUAGCUCUUUGUGCGCAUAUUAACAUCGAUGUAACACCGAUUUGAAGUUUUCACUUUUUUCCAGGAAUUCGAAUGACAAGGUCAUAUAAAGAGGCUAUAGCUAAAAAAGGGAGCAACGAUGUAUGCUAUAAGCUUUCUGUUCUAAUUUUGCGUACAUGUUUCGUAUAUGUUACUUUGUAGUCUAAUUCCUGCAAUUCCAAUACAAUAAGCCAAGAAAAUUGGAGUGAUUACUUUCUAAGAGUUUCUUUGUUUUCUUUCAGAAUGGAAUGGAAAUGUUAGAUUGCUACUCAGGUCACAAUGCUUCGGAAGAAAAGAAAUCUCACGCUCCUUCUUCAGUGGAAUAUGUUAAUACACCGCUGGAUUUAAAUACAGGAAGCCGAUCAAAAGACUUAGCAGAAAACCAGACGACCAACACAAUAAGCCAGUAUGUAACUUGGUGUCCAUCAACGUUUUCAUGUGAGAUUCCUCGCGAAAAUGUGGUGAUUGAGAAGAUAAUUGGCAAAGGUGCUUUUGGCCAGGUUGCCAAAGGAACAGUCAUAGGCCUACGUGGAAGAACCCAGGCGACACUUGUGGCCGUGAAAAUGUUAAAAGGUGGGAUUUAUUGGUUGUGACUAGAAUGGAUACCUUAAAAUCAGGUUGGACACCUUAUGUUUAUUACACAACGCUAUACUCUAUCCUGCGCUAUACUAUAUUUAUUCGAAUUUAUUGGGGACAUUUUUUAGAAAAGUGGUAAAAUCAGAGUAGGAGACUCCUGUGCAAGGAAAAGGGUUGAAUACAGCGUUUAGCACCGAAGUACAGUGAUUAGGGGUCAGUACUGUUUUAAAAAUGGUUAGCUUUCAAUGACGGUUUGAUCAAUGCCAUGUAAAGUACGUUAAAAUUAACCGGUGUCUGCAGUUAGGCGUUGAUGGUGUAGUGGACACGGAUGUGGAAUGUACACUCGGGUCCAAGUCCUACAUACUACGUACUGUUUUCUUUCUUCUCUUAUUUACUUCCUUAAGUUAUAAGAAUCCUACCAAGUAUUUUGAGUGAAGAUGACAAUCUGACUUUGGGGUUUCCUUUCUAGUCACAGCCGUGAUGUAUUUUCUUGUAAUCUUCACAAAUUGGUAUGUACAAACGUUAUGUGCGGAGCGUCCGAGCGUGCACAGCGUGCGCAGCGGAACCUCCAUUGCUAUAGCAAUUGGAAACCCAUCGAUGUGAUAUAAAUAUAUACAAGAAAAUUUGUUAAUGACGUCAACUCCGCCCAUCCACCCGCCCGCCGGUACAGACUAUGUAAGUUAGGGAAGGGGAGACUCUAGUAAGAAGGGAAGGGGAGGCCUUGCGUUUGCAUUGGCGUGUAGAAUUAACCAGUUUAAAGUCAACAAGUUGAUCUACCCUAGUAAAUUAAACGGGAACGAUUUACAACGGGUUUCUUAUUACAUACCUCAAAAUCCGCCUGUCUUUCAGCGAACGCGCCCGAGUCGGACAGGAAGGACUUGUUAUCAGAGCUUGAAGUGAUGAAGACAUUGAACCCUCAUCCACACGUCAUCAAACUUCUGGGAUGCAUCACUGAAUCUGGUAAAUUAUCCAAAAUAUACUGAUUGGCACUUCAUUUUACUGGUCUGUACCUUCAUUAUGGUAUCAAAAGUGGAUCAACUGUUUCGGUCUUUGAUAAGUUUUUUCUAUUAAAUUCAGCAAUGGUCUUGGUGUUCUUAAGUCCGACCCAAAUAAAUACUGAUAGUUUUUUGCAUGUUUUGAAUCACUUACUUUAUGAAAUAUGGACUUUCCAGGCCAUUCCCUUUGGGCUGUACAUUACUUCUCUCUGAGAAAGAAACACUUAUAUUUCAUUUUACUAAGAACCCAUGUUGGUAUUGAUCGAAUAUGUGCCAUAUGGAGAUCUCCUUGGUUACCUGAGAAAGAGCCGUGGACUCAAUGACACUUAUUACAACGAUCCAGACAUCAAACCACGAACAAGUCUGAUGCCACAGCAGCUGAUGAAAUUUGCUUGGCAAAUAGCUGAUGGAAUGAGUUACUUGUCAAAGAGAUCUGUAAGUUAGAUUCCUUAAUAAUUGCCAUAGUAUAACGCUGUUUCUUUCCUUCUGAAGUACGUAAAAGUGAUUUAAGGGGUGGCCUAGCGUUCUAAAAGUCGUCACCGGCUUUAAAUGAAACUCCCAUUUCCUUUAAAUAAAAAGAAAGACUUCAUGAACAAACUGCCAAGCCUAAGAGCGAAGCUACUUCUCGGAAAACUAACUGUUUACUUUAAACUAUUUUUUAGACCGAGACGAAGUUACGCACGCAGUGGGCUUCCUAAAGCCUGGUUUUCACUAGCGCAUAAGCAUAAGCACAAGAAAAAUGGACAAGGUUCGUUCUUCUUGUGCUUGUGCUUAUGAUUAUAUCGUAACUUUGACUAGUAAAAACGGAGUCGACAUAAGCACCAGCAUAAACACAAGGACGUGGACCAAUGAUAGGCCACUUUGACCCAGACCUUAUGCGAACAUAUCAAAAGCAAUAUGGCGGACGAAGCGUCCACCAUCUUGUUGUAUUGUUGAGAUGAGCUGUCGUCAAAUAUGCCAUUCUGCGCGUGUGUUUGUCCUCAUGCUCAUGCUUAUGUGCUAGUGAAAACCAGGCAUAAAGAAUAACAUUCCAAACAGUUUAAAGCACCAUAAUGAUCGACCGAAAAGAGUGUAGAUUAACUAGUACAAUCACCCGCACCUCGUAAAAAAACUAAAUACAGUGUGUUCUUCUAUAGAUUAUUCAUCGUGACCUUGCCGCUCGUAAUGUUCUGGUGGGACAAAAUGAAACUUGUAAAGUGACAGACUUUGGAAUGGCCCGGGAUGUCCUGGAAGAAAAUAUUUAUGAAAGAAAGACAAAGGUAAUGACAGCAGACAAUGAAAUGAAUAAAAGUUUAAUUAGAGGUGCGUAAGAACGAGCAACAGAAAAAGUGCAACUUGUCUUGCAACAUUGCUGAAGAACAAGUUGAAUAGCGAUGUUGCGCGUUUUACCACCCACAUCAAACCUUUCUUGCAACAAAUCAGGUUAAGUUGUGAACAGAUUUGCUGAGGGUGGUAAAACGCCCAAUAUCGCUAUUCAACUUGUUCUGCAGCAAUGUUGCAAGACAGGUUGCACGUUUUUUGUUGCCCGUUUUACGUACCUUAAGACGUUAAUAUUUCAAUGGAUUAUGACGUGUUAUCCGGUAGUUUGUAGGAAAACACAAAAUGCUGCACGUGGCUAUUGGUUCUGAUUCAUUCUAGGGCCGUUUGCCAGUGAAAUGGACCGCAUAUGAAGCGCUAUUGUAUGGAAAAUAUACCGCAAAGAGCGACGUGUGAGUACGCAGACAUGGAGGUUGUUAAAUAAGCCUUUUGCAAUAGUUAAUUACGUGAUCAACUUUCUGUAUGCAUGAAACUGAUUCGCUAUGGAGAAAAUAAUAAUGUAAGUUGGAACUAAAUGAGAUUAUCAAAAUUAGGUGACUUGUAAAUUUCCUGACGUAGACUUCAAAAGUAGUUAUUGCAGCGGCGGCGAUAAUUAGAACGAUUUGAAUGCUUGGGAAAAACAACUUGCUACCCUGUCACGGGGUUUAAAUUUUCUGUUAUGAACAGAAGAACAUUUUGCUUCCAUAAUGCGUAAUUGGAAUAUUUUAUAACAGCUUGAAAAUUUGGAAAACCAAUCAACUGUGUGUCAGUGGCAAGAGUUGUCUUUUUCCGUACAAAUCCUCCUUAGUUUCGGCGGGGUGUGCUGUCGCUGUUAUUGAGGUACACGGCUGAAAAUUGACAUGUUACCGAAUUCUAAUUUGCUCUUUCAGUUCCUGCUAACAUUAUUUCUCCAAAGCUAACUGUUUAAAUUUUUACCGAAAUUUGAUCAUGUGACCAACAAGUGCAAAACACCCGUUGAAUCAGGAAGGAUUAAAGAUAAACAUACAAGAAAUGAAAACAAAUAGUAGAACAAAUAGUGGAGAUCAGAAACAUAUUGAUAAUGACUUUAUCUGUAACUGAUUUUCUGAAUUUUUACAUUAAAAGGAAUAGUUGCAUGUAUACACUCGAGACACUGAGAUGUUACAUAAGCAACAGAGAAAUGAUACAAAUUUGUAGACAAAGCUUAUUAAUAAGUAGUUUCUUAGAAAUCGAUUUUGAGAUAAAAAUUAGUUGAUCUUCCUACUCAGGUCAGCCAGCUGUUUACGUACUACGUUUGCUGAUUUCUAGUCUUUGAAGGGCAACACGAUUCUGAUUGGGGCUUCUCUUUUAUCAGCCACUUGGGUGUGUGAAUCCUCGGACACUUUGGAUUCAAUGAAUGGUUGACUGCACAAGGUCGUCUGGAUAGCGCAGUCGGGAGAAGACCAGAAAUCAGCAAACGUAGUACGUAAACAGCUGGCUGACCUGAGUAGGAAGAUCAACGCAGACAUCAGCCCAGUUUACACAAGUAGGAAGAUCAAAGAUGAAAUUAAGGUCAAGGAAGACAAGCUGCCUCUUGUGAGUCAACAAUGCGUGGUGUAUUCUUUCCAGUGUAGCCUGUGUGAUGCAGGCUAUGUCGGCUACACGUGCCGACACCUACACCAACGAAUUGAAGAACACAAACGAUCGGCAAUCGGAAACCACCUCAGAGAGCAGCAUGAUAUGGAGCAUGAAGACAUCGCACAAAGUUUUAGAAUCUUAAGAAAGUGUCAGAACAAAUUUGACCGCCUUAUUUUUGAAAUGUUUUUAUCCAAGAACUGAAACCGACGCUUAACAAACAGUGCGAUUCAAUUCGCGCCAAAUUAUUUGUUUAGAGUAGUUAUUGUUAACAUUGUUUUAUUUCCAUUGUUUUUUGACUUAAUAAAUAUUUUUAGCACCUGUUACAUUUUUACAUAUUUUAUCACAUUUUAGCGUUCACCACAUUUUUAUCUAUUAUAACUUGUUUUUAACUUAUUUAUGCUAAUUUAGAGAACUUUUAUACACUUGAAAAUGACCUCGGAGAGGUCGAAACGUCGUGAUUUUUUAUCUCUAAUAUUUAUCUCAAAAGCUUAUUAAUAAGGAAAUAAAAACAGAAACUGAAACGUAAGUGUAACUUUUGAUUUUUGAAUUGUUCUAUUUUUAAAUUAAAUCCUCAUGCUCAUCAAUGUUUCAUGAAGGGGAAACAAAGGAAAUUUACUGAGGUUUAGUAAUCAGAUAUUUGAAUAAAAUGUUGCGAAUUUUAACCUUGAAAUUCUUCAAGAAGUAAUUAUUCUUUUGAGAAGUCGUAAACAUUCAUUUAAGUCCAGUAUCCAGUCAUUUAGAGGUUGGCUGCGUUUCGUUUUUCAAUCCACUUUAAUUGUUUAAUACAGACCCUUACAAUAUUACACCUUCUUUUCAUUACAGAUGGAGCUAUGGGGUCCUGCUUUACGAAGUUUUCACAAUUGGUAAGACGAAUAUGAAAGACAUUACAAUUUUACAUUGCACAAUGCAACAAAUACAAGACAUAAUGCACGCACAGGGGUUUUGUUUUAGUAUAAAUAUUAUGUACAAAUUAAGUUGCAAGAAGAGUGGUCUACAUCAUAUUUGCACCAACAAACUAAAAGUGCGGCUACUCAGACCAUGGUACUUGGAAUAUCACUUUGGAUCAAAAUUGACCAAUCACAAAAGAGGGCAAUUAUCAGUGAAAAUUCAGAGUUGGAUUUUUGAAUACUUGGAUGUAAUUGGUCAGUUUUCUAACUAAAGCACGUACGUUAGGGCAUGGUCCACCCUUUGAUCAUAGACCCUCAACGAAGAAGACUACUUUUGCUGGUAGAAGCGAUGUUGUCGAUGUUCUUUUAGUCUUCACGAGUAGAAGUAUUUGGUCAUCCUUAAACCAUAUAAUAACAGCGGCCACGCGAGCUAUCUUUGGGAAUUAAUUUUCAACGGUAAAUGUAGUCGUCAUGACUAAUGACAUUCUAGUCUUGAGAUUUAUAAAUAAGAUCUUUUUUUUAGGUGGUUCCCCAUAUCCAAGGGUGAAUGGCAGGAAAAUAGCAAGUCUGCUUCAAAAAGGAUACAGGAUGCCUAAACCAAAACAUUUGGACCAUGAACUGUAAGUUUUUAAACAACCUUUUAAGUAAAACAUUAGUAAUAAACAACCUACUUUCACACUUAUCUCUUCCCGACUAAUGAGUCAAAAUGACAUUAUAGUCAUUUACCAUCCACUUGCGCCUUAAAAACCACCAAUAGCAAAUGAACACAUAUAACAAUUUUGAGACGUGUUUUUACAGAUACGGAAUAAUGACAAAGUGCUGGAAAGAAAAGCCUGAUGAAAGACCAACGUUUUCUGAACUGAGAGAAACAUUGAAAGAAAUGGAAAACCAGCAUAAGGUAUAAUGCUUGAGGAUAAAAUAACCCCUGUUUUGGAGAAGGAUGUAACUUUUUGGACAGCUGCUCACCUACCCCUCCCCUCACCGUACGUUUUACCCGGAGUAAGAAGAUUUCACUUAAGGGCUAUUUUGUUUCCGUUAGUUUGCUAAUAGAUUGCUUUGGUUUUACUAAUAAAGCAAGUUUUUGGAAGAAGACGUUUUAAACUUUUGGUACUAUGUUUAUUCAUUUAUUCCAGUUACUGAUUUACUUAUUUAUUCUUCACAGAGGUUGAUUAACAUGAAAAUGUACGACAGUCAGCUGUAUGCAAACGUUGAAGAAUUGGUCGAGUAA